CGGCUCCGCACACCCAAGAUGGCGGCGGUGGAGCUGGAGUGGGUGCCCGAGACGCUCUAUAACACGGCGAUCUCGGCCGUGGUGGAUAGUUACGGGCGGGCCCGGCGCCGGGACAUCCGCUCGCUGCCCGAGAACAUCCAGUUCGACGUGUACUACAAGCUUUACCAACAGGGCCGCUUAUGCCAACUGGGGAGUGAAUUCUGUGAACUAGAAGUUUUUGCAAAGGUGCUGCGAGCUUUAGAUAAAAGACAUCUGCUUCAUCACUGUUUUCAGGCUUUGAUGGACCAUGGAGUAAAAGUUGCUUCUGUACUGGCCUAUUCUUUCAGCAGACGAUGUUCCUACAUAGCAGAAUCAGAUUCUGCUGUAAAAGAAAAAGCAAUCCAGAUUGGCUUUGUUCUAGGAGGGUUCCUAUCAGAUGCAGGAUGGUACAGUGAUGCAGAGAAGGUAUUUCUUUCCUGCCUUCAGCUGUGCACCCUUCACGAUGAAAUACUUCAUUGGUUUCGUGCAGUAGAGUGUUGUGUAAGGUUGCUUCAUGUUCGAAAUGGUAACUGUAAAUAUCACCUGGGAGAAGAAACGUUCAAACUGGCUCAGUCUUACAUGGAUAAACUUGCCAAACAUGGUCAGCAAGCAAACAAGGCAGCACUCUAUGGGGAACUGUGUGCACUGCUUUUUGCCAAGAGUCACUAUGAUGAGGCUUACAAGUGGUGUAUAGAAGCUAUGAAGGAGAUCACAGUUGGCCUGCCUGUAAAAGUAGUAGUGGAUGUUUUGCGACAAGCUUCUAAGGCUUGUGUUGUAAAACGUGAGUUUAAGAAGGCUGAGCAGCUGAUAAAACACGCAGUGUAUCUCGCCCGGGAGCAUUUUGGAGCCAAGCACCCCAAAUAUUCUGAUACACUACUAGACUACGGAUUUUAUUUGCUCAACGUAGACAAUAUAUGCCAAUCUGUUGCCAUCUAUCAGACAGCUCUUGAUAUUCGGCAGUCGGUAUUUGGAGGUAAAAACAUACACGUAGCUACAGCUCAUGAAGAUUUGGCUUACUCUUCUUAUGUUCACCAGUACAGCUCUGGAAAAUUUGACAAUGCACUAUUCCAUGCUGAACGUGCUAUUGGCAUUAUAACUCACAUUCUCCCAGAAGACCAUCUUCUCUUGGCAUCUUCAAAGAGAGUUAAAGCACUUAUCCUGGAGGAGAUUGCAAUAGACUGUCAUAACAAGGAAACUGAGCAGAGGUUACUUCAAGAAGCUCAUGACUUGCAUCUGUCCUCACUUCAGUUAGCUAAAAAAGCCUUUGGGGAGUUUAAUGUACAAACAGCAAAGCAUUAUGGCAACCUUGGAAGACUGUAUCAGUCCAUGAGAAAGUUUAAGGAAGCAGAGGAAAUGCACAUUAAGGCAAUUCAGAUUAAGGAGCAGCUCCUGGGUCAGGAGGAUUAUGAAGUUGCACUGUCAGUGGGACAUCUAGCUUCUCUCUAUAACUACGAUAUGAAUCAGUAUGAAAAUGCUGAGAAGCUUUAUUUGAGAUCCAUAGCAAUUGGAAAGAAGCUUUUUGGUGAAGGAUACAGUGGACUUGAAUAUGAUUACAGAGGUCUCAUUAAACUGUACAAUUCCAUUGGCAAUUAUGAGAAAGUUUUUGAGUACCACAAUAUUUUGGCCAACUGGAACCGGUUGCGGGAUCGGCAGUUCUCAGUCACAGAUGCUCUGGAGGAUGUAAGCAGCAGUCCUCAAUCCACUGAAGAAGUGGUCCAGUCUUUUCUGAUGUCUCAGAACGUUGAUGGACAGAGUAGCUAAGAACUUGGUCAAUUAAUCAGUUAAGUUUUUUCCCAGAUUACAGGGGAGAAGUCAUACUGUGAAAUCUAAACCAUGUAGUUCUCUGGGGGCUGGAAUUUGCAUUGAAACACUGGUCCAGUCUACUGAAGAGUGCCCAUACGGAUGAAUGUGUGUUAAAUUCUUAUCAGCAUGUGUAUGGCAUGUUUAGUUCGGCUCACGUUUUUAACUUGGUAUUCCAGAAAACCCUUUUUUUUUUUUUUUUUUUUCUUUCUCCAAAAGAACCUACUUUGCAGAAAGUCUGCAAGAGAACAUUAAAUAAAACUGUUUGAGUUCAAAAGAGUUGCAUUCUUAUUAUGAAUGGAAGGUUUCAUCAAGAGCUUUCUUCCGAUAGACAGAAUAAAUGCUAUACUACAAGAAAUUAUACGAGAGAGGUCUCUCUAGUUCAUGCAUUUGUAGCAGAGUUAAUCACAAAUACUAAGAAAAGGAAGGAUGCUUUGGCUGCUGCCUGAUGAAGAAAAGUGGCAAAGAAUCACUUCGGAGAGCAACAUACCAUUUGUAAUCCACAGUAAUUUGAUAAGGAAGUACAGACCGUAUGUUGUUUUUGAUACCCUGAACUGGACCAGUGUUUGUCUGUAAGUGAUGGAAGAUCCAGUAGACCAGCAACCUUAGUUUUCUUUGGUACCAGCCAAGAGUGCUAAUCUUCAUAACAGGACCAGGAAAAUCAAAAGUGGACCAGCCUGCUAGAAACAGUUUUUGGACCAGUGGCUUUAAUUUAAUAUUUCUGCCCCUGCAUUCACUUCUACAGUAGAGUGAUUUCAUUUAGAUGUAUGAUCAGUGCAAAAUUAUAUUCCUGUAAUAGAUACAAAACUAGGAAGUGAACGUUCUUUAGCAGUUGCGAUGGCAUGUUUUACUUAGCAAGCUUAUACAGAUGUUAAUGUCAAUGCCACACGCAGAAACUAGAAAUGCUUAACUAUUUGCUGCAGCCAUCUUCUUUUCUAUUAUUUUUUUUUAUGGGCUUACUCUGAUAAUUGAGGCAGUACCUUGUUUAUACCAGUUAAUGGUUUUGUAUUACAAUCCAGGUCAAUUUUAUGUUUCUGGAGAACACAACUUAUUGUACAGUUUGCAGGGGUCAGUGGAAAAUGCCAAAAAGCACAACAGGUCUUUUUUUUGUGUGAUGCUUCAUUUCUACAUUAAACAAUAGUACAACCAGAAAUGGAUUUCCUUUAUAUUAAUUUAAAAAGCAGAAAUCAGCUGUAAACAUCCUUUAAUAAUGCCUAUCUCACUAGCUUGUCUUAAUUUUUCUUCUGUUGGGGGCGGGGGGCUGCUUUGCUGUGUAGAUUUAUUUAUUUUUUGCUUGAGUGUGUUUUUACUUCUUAAAAUGUUGAGGUAAUGCUCCUUUGAAAGUGUAACAUAGCAAACUAGAAACAACUCGCUGCUGUUACCUCCGUUCUUAUUAUAGUGGCGCAAACAGUGCCCUGUGGUUGGGUUCUGUCUCUUGGGUUUUCUCCACCCCCCCUAUUUUCAGGGGUUUGUAACUUGGCCGUGGAAGUUCAGUCCAAGGUGGGGCUCAGCAAGCAAGGUUCCUACAGGACUUGGACUGGAUGUUUUGUUUAGGGUUUGUUUUCUCUUAAAUAGUUUGUAAAGCUUGGGACAGGGAAAGCUGCUUGGUGGUAUUCAAGAAAGAGUGCACAGAAGAAAUAAGAAAUUUCAGACACUGCUUUGAGCUUAAUGACUCCUUUAAGAACUGAAAUUUUCCAGGCCAAUAGUUCAUAUACCGGUGCCUUCAAGUGUAAUUUUGGGGGAAAAGGCUGAAUAAUACCGACUUGAAUAUGCAGCAAUAUGAGUGCAGCUUUAAUGACUGCAUACCUAAAUACUUUAAUGAAAGGAUUCCGCAUUUAAAAACAACAAACUGUGGUAUUAAGGCUUACGUUGCAGUGUACCCUCAAAGGCUGUUCAAUGAAAAUUCAACUUAAAAUGAUGUAUGGAUUUAACAUCUACUUCAUAGCAAUUUUUCUUGCUUAGGAGUGCUUUAGGUGAAACAUUUCCAUUUCUGACUAGCAUCUAUUAGGGGAGUGAUUGAUUAUAGAGUUCUCAUGAAUUCUUUUCUUCAGUCCUAUUAAAAUUACUUAAAUGAAAUUUGUAAUGUUAGUACCAGAAUUUGGGCAGGGGGACGCUGCUUAAAAUUGGCCUCAACAGGCUGUGUUACUCCUGUAACACAGAAGGGUUUGACAGCUUCAGAACAGGCACUGACUUGCAUUUAUGAUGUCUGUUUGUGAAUGGCUCCCAGUCAAGCCUCUGCUUCCAGCUUCUGGCUAACAAAACUCAAAGGUCUCAAGAUUUUGAGUUGGGGAGUGUUAUUUGACUGACACUGGCACAAGCAGUCCAUGAGAACCAUUGCUGUCACAUCAGCUCUCUGGUUUCUGUGUGUUUCAAGGGCUGCUUUCAAUCUGUGGCGAGUAGGAGAGCUUCCAACAUGGGGCAGGUUAGGAAGUUGUUUGCUUCUGAGAACCAAAAUCACCUGUUCUGUUUCUGUGAUGGGUUGCUUUAUUCUGUUUUCUCAGGCCUGCUGUGUGGAUGAGCUUUUCUUUCUUUCCUCAAGCUACUUCCCUAGCAUGUUGUGUACCUUGACGUAUCGGCUUGUCUAGAAGGGAUUCACAUCCUGAAAGUCACCCUGAGUUCUUUUUGUUGGAUUUUGGCCAAGAAAUGUGACUUGGGCAUGAGCAUCUGUUGUGAUCCUUGUGGAACUGCUAGCAUGCUUUCCGUGUGACUAAAUCCUGACUUGGCUGUUGGGCUGAACUUCUCACUGCAGCCCUUCGGCAAUUCCGCUUGUGCCAAGGCACCACGUUUUGGAGAAAGGUGGCUGUGGCUAACUGCUAAUGCUGUCAAACAGGAGCUUUGCAGGGCGACUUUGCAGCUGCCUACGAAAUGCUUUGUAACCUGCUCUGCACGCCAUAACUUGGAACAUCCGCUGUCCUUGCUGCAGGUGGAGUUUCCAUGCGAUAAUGUAGAACUGGCCUUUCUAGUUGUCCAUUCUGUCUCUCUGAUCUUGUUUUUGGAAGAAAUUGGCUGUCUGUAUUGGCAUGUGGGGACAACAUCUAGGACCUGUUGUUACUGUCUGUGCUGUUGUUUGGUAUCCCUGAGAAAGUAGAAAUCCAGUUGGAUGGCUACAGAAGGUAAAUGACUUGCUCAGCUGUAAGGGUGGAAACACCUGCAAUGUCGUUGAGGCAGAUUUCUAUGUAUUCAUUUAAUUUUAUUUCAUGACCAGCACAGGUAGAGCUAAAGGAACAGAGUGCUACCUACUACGUUCUCUGUACAGUGCAGCUUUUCAGCACAGAACUUGCCAACAGAGACCCUGCACCUCCCUCCUGUCAGGUGUGGAACCAAGGAGUUCCUGUCCUAUUUUAGCCCUAAAACAAGCUUUCCAAAACAAGCUUUCCACAUGCAUCUGGGUGUAAGUUCUGGGGAAGGAGGCUUUAUAGUUAGCCUUGCUUGUUAGGAGACCUUGUCCUUGCUGUAAUGCAAUUAGCCAACUUCAAAACGCUUGAUGACUUUGAUUAACCAUUGGCAUUUUAUAUACGCGCAAUGCACCUUCUUCUAGGUGAGAUGGUGUUACUUGGUGCUGGUGUUAAAAAGAGGAGGUCUGGGGCUGGGGCUCUGAAAUGCAUCUUCAGAAUAUUUCUUGACGGUAAGUAAUCACAGUGAUUGGUUACAAGUGGUGAGGAGAGGUGUCCCUUCAUAGAAAAUUACUUUAACUAUUGUUUAAGCCCUCAUGAUUUUCACCAUAAAGCUUCUGAAAUCAGUUAUUUGUCUUUUGUUUUAAUUGAACACUGCAAUUUGUAGAAAGGAAAGAAGGCAAUGUCAGGCUUCUUCCACUGUUUCUGGGACAUGGGCUAUUCUGGAUGACUUCUUGUGGAAAAGGAGAGGCAAGCAAAGCUUAAGAACUGACAAAAUGGGACGGGGAAAAUUGCAGAAAGAUGUUUUCAAACCAGUCUAUCCCUCGGUUACUUGAAGUAAAACACCUAGUGACUAUUUGGCCCCAACAGUGGUUUGGUUGCUUUUACAGCAUGCUGUUAUGACCAACGAGUGUCUGCCUCUGAAUCUUAGUCUUCAUGAGCGCUCUUUACAAACCUUGUAGUUGAAAACUUUUUUUUUUUUUUUUUGCACAUAAAGUUUUUUUGUUGAAGACUUUUGAAGGUCUUUUAGUUGCUGGAUUCCAACUUAUUGGGACAACAGUGUUCUUUUGUAAAAAUGAAGUGUUUUUUUCUUUAAAUGUGCUGCAGUCUGAUAUUUGCUAACGGUGCCAUUGCGCUGCUCCUCAUGGUACAAGAAAUGCACGUUGAACUUCUUUCCUUUUAUUGUUGUGUACUGGUAGAGUACAAAAAGGAAAACGCGUUGUGCCUAAAACAUGAGUGAAGCUGUGGACAAAACCUUGGUUUGUGCAGAUGGGAUUUGACUUCCCAGGUAGCAGCAAAUAACGCGGGGGAAAUGCUGCUGUUACCAGGUUGUAACGAAGCUUGUGCAGAAGCUUGAUUUUCUCUAAAGCUCAUUGUUUCCCUUUUUUCCUUAUUGUUUCUAUAAUAAGAAGGUGACUGGCCAAAUGUUAACUGCGGAUCUGACUGUUUGUUGUGGGUGUUUCCAUGUUGGACGUGUAUGGCCUGUUGCACGGUUUGUUUCUUGGCCUUUUGAGGAUUCUGUGAGAAGCAGGGAAGAAAUUUCCUUUAUCCAGACAUCAACCAAACUGCUUACAAAGAAAUUGACAGCACUGGUAAUGCUUCUGUCCCUAAAUCUCAGGAAUGUUUCGGGCAGUGAAACAGGUUUCCCUUUGGUGAUAUAAAGGUGCGUGCUCUAGGGUCUUGUUUAACAAUAUUUCAUUGCAAUCCUAGGUAUCUAUAGCAUGAGUGGCCUUAGUGAGUUUGUUGAAGUGCACAUUUUUUUUUUUUCAAAAGUAAAUUUUAAGAUGAAAAAGAUAUAUACUAUAUAAAUAUAUAGAGAUAUUUAGAAACUUGGUUUGUGGUGCACAAGUUCAGUGUUGGAUCACUAAAUAAUUGUCGCAGGUACCAUACGUGUAACUUUUCUUUGAUGUAUUUUCCUUCAUGGGAAGCGAUGUUGCCAUGGUAACUAGGACUUCACAAUUUCUUUACUACUUAACGAUGUGAACGAACUCUACGUUUUAUUGAACAUUACCAGGUUCAGUACUAUUUUUAUACUUGUUGAACUACAGGGAGUUUUAAUUUAAUAGCAUUCUAAAAAAGAUGUUGCUUGAACUGUAUAACUGUAUAAAUCAAACUGCUUACACAGACGACACCUCUAAACCAGAAUCUCUACCUGUAGUGCCACAGUCAUUUAUAUGAAGUUAUCUUGAUCAUGACUAGACUUGGAAGACCACCCUACUUGUGUCAAGACUUAAUGUUUCGUAUCCUACUUCUCACAGACUGCAGUGCCCGACAUUAUUUGUAACCAUCAAACCAUAUUAUGUUUGUAACCAGCAUUGUGAUAUUCUGUAAUUGUAUUGCUAAAAUGAAAUAUCGACCUAAUAAAUAUAGUGUUCCUGCA